AUGGUUGAAAUGCAAGAAAAAAUCGCCGUGAACGGCACUAACUUUGCUCUCAACGGCGAUAAUCUCUCCUAUCGCUUCCACGUCGAUGAAGCCACCGGCGACCUGAGAUCGGACCACUUUGGUGCCCUCGUCGCCGGGCCUAUCCCGGCGGAUCCUGAGCCCGUCAUUGAUGGCUGGACGGGCAUGCCUGAUCGCGUCCGCCGUGAAUUCCCGGACCUAGGACGGGGCGACUUUCGCAUCCCAGCCUUUUGCAUUCGUCAGGCAGAAGGGCAUAACAUCUCGGCGUUUCGGUAUCGGUCGCAUGAACUUGUUCCUGGAAAGCCAGACCUGGGUGGACUUCCUGCAACGUUUGCUGGUGUUCGUGAUGCCCAAACGGUUAUUGUUCGACUGUUUGAUGAGUAUAGUGACAUUGCUGCGGCGUUGACGUAUACCGUCUUUCCCAGGUAUAAUGCAAUCGUGCGAAGUGCCAGCAUUACCAAUGAUAGUGCGGAGGAAAUUACGGUUGAAUCUCUCGCCAGCAUGAGCGUUGAUCUGCCCUUUGAGGAACUGGAGAUGCUCGGACUGCGCGGUGACUGGGCCAGGGAGGCGCACCGGCAGAGACGAACGGUGGACUAUGGCGUGCAGAGCGUUGGCAGCACGACGGGCUUCUCGUCCCAUCUCCAUAACCCGUUCGUCGCUCUGGUGCAUCCCUCCACCACUGAGUCGCAGGGUGAAGCAUGGGGUUUCUCGCUCGUCUACUCCGGCUCCUUUUCUAUCCAGGUUGAGAAGGGAUCGCAGGGUUUGACGCGCGUCUCGGUCGGACCAAACCAGAUGUCCUGGAAGCUUGCACCGGGCGAAACGCUGACCUCGCCUGAGUGUGUUGCGGUCUAUUCGGCAGAUGGUGUAGGAGGGAUGUCGCGCUCCCUCCACCGGUUGUACAGGAACCACUUGAUCCGUAGCAAAUUUGCGACCGACGAUCGUCCAGUGCUGUUAAACAGCUGGGAAGGUCUGUAUUUCGAUAUUGAUCAUGACCGAAUGUGCCGUCUUGCACAGGAAUCUGCGGCACUAGGUGUGAAACUGCUGGUCAUGGAUGAUGGCUGGUUUGGCCAGGAAUACCCCCGAACAUCGGACAGUGCAGGACUUGGAGACUGGAUUGCUAAUCCGGAGCGAUUCCCUGGUGGUCUAGCACAGCUGGUAGACAAAAUAACCUCCCUCCAGGUUGCAAACUCGUCCUCGACCCUGCGCUUCGGCAUCUGGGUGGAACCGGAGAUGGUGAACCCUCAGUCUACUUUGUACCAGAACCAUCCAGACUGGGUGCUCCAUGCCGGCAAGUAUCCACGGACCGAGCAGCGGAACCAGCUGGUGUUGAAUCUAGGUCUGGUAGAGGUGCAGGAUUUCAUUAUAAAUACAAUCACAGACCUCCUCAACAGCGCCGAUAUCACGUACGUGAAAUGGGACCACAACCGGGGCAUGGCUGAGACGCCCUCGCCUAGCGCAAACCAUGCAUACAUGCUGGGCAUGUACCGCGUAUUUGAUGUUCUAACAAAUCGCUUUCCUGGCGUUCUCUGGGAGGGCUGUGCAUCUGGUGGUGGUCGGUUUGAUCCAGGGAUCUUGCAGUACUUCCCGCAGGUGUGGACAUCAGAUGAUAGUGACGCUGUCGAGCGCAUCUUUAUUCAGUUUGGCACCUCGCUCGCCUACCCUGCCAGUACAAUGGGUGCCCAUGUAUCCAGCGUGCCCAACCACCAAACAGGGCGGACUACACCAUUAACCUUCCGUGCCCACGUCGCCAUGAUGGGCGGGUCGUUUGGUCUCGAGCUCGAUCCAACGGAGAUCACUGAGGACGAGAAGAAGACCAUUCCCGGGUUGAUUUCCCUGGCAGAGAAGGUGAAUCCGAUCAUUCUCACAGGCGAUAUGUGGCGGUUAGCUCUGCCUGAGGAGUCGAACUGGCCUGCAGCUCUGUUUGUUUCGGAAAGCAAAGACCAGGCAGUAUUGUUUCUCUUUCAACUGGCCCCGAAUGUAAACCAUGCCUUGCCGCGUGUGAAAUUACAGGGACUGGAGCCGGAAGCGAUGUAUAGUGUUGACCGUGAUGGGCCCUUUGCGGGCUCGAUGCUGAUGAACCUGGGCCUGCAGUAUUCUUUCAAAGGAGAGUACGCUAGCAAAGUUGUGUUCAUAGAGAGGCAGUAG